UUUGGUACUAAUUUUCGUUUUGGCUGUAGUGUUUAAAGCGCAUGUGAAUUUAAGAAGAAAUGGAAACGUCGAACUCCCUGGAAUUAGGUUUGCUAAAGGACCCCUUAGUAUAUAAGGUAUAAAUAAUAAGAGCGGAAGAUAAUCAAGAUGCGAACAAGCGACGACACGUCAGGAAGGAGUGAAUCUUCCAAAAUAUCUCCGCCCUUUAAAACGGGUUCUCUUCUUCAGUUACUUUGUAAAUUCAAUGGAGGAUGUACACCUGAAUCAUUGCACAUCGAAAUGAGAAAAAGAUACAACGAAAAUUUACAAUUCCUACAAACACUUACAAGCAUGACAAAUGAAGAUAUCGCCACCGCGGGAAUUGGACAACGUGAAUUUUCUGAUGGAAAACCUGGAAAGAAGUAUUUAGUUACAAAUCAUUUGCGUCAUAUUCAGUUUGAAGUAUAUCCAAGUAAAUUAACAAUUAUGGGCGCUGAUCGUGUGUUUGCAUUGCGUGGAUACCUACGUGUGACUAUUAGACAAUAUUUUUAUGUUCGGCAUCACAUAGAUCUCAUCUAUCCCCAGCUACCUUUGGUAUGCGUUUUUGGCGGAAGAAACCACCAAUAUUUCUACCCUAUUGAAUGCUUAGACUAUGUAGACUUUGAAGAACAGAAAAAUUAA